AUGCCAGUCCAAUGGUCCAUUAUUAGUUAUUACAUUCCGUUGGUCGAAACGGAAAUAAUGACGGCCAUUUCCACCCAAGUCAAGAUCGAUACAUCGCACGUCUCUGCGCCGCAGGUUCGGCCGACCGAAGAGGACGUGCAGCGGUCAAGCGGAGAUCUCGCGGAUCCACCGGGACGCCGUUCUGGUGUUCUAAUGCUAUGCCGAAGAGUGCUGUGCAGUUUACUCUAG